CUGGCACUCAGUCUGUUCGCUCACAGGAGGACUCAGCAGCAGCAGCAGCAGCAGCAGCAGGACAAUGGACUGUCUCCACCACGGAUCCUAACGGGCACCGGGCUGUUUGGGACAGACUGGAAUAUAAGGAGGUGAAUGUCAAACAGCUUCAGGAUGCUGCCGUCCUCAUCCCUGCUGACCUGCUCUUCACCGCCCGGCAUCUGAUUUACCAAACAUGAUGAAGACUGAACCCCCGGCGGCCACGGGGGGCAACGGGACCUCCGGUGGCAGCAGUGGGGGAAGCGGGAGCUCGAACCUGCGGAGUCCCUCGCCCCACCGCAACGCCUACGAGGCGGGGCUGGCGGCGCUCAAGAAAGCCACUGACCACCUCAACAAUGCCGCCAAUGGAGGCGCUGGACCUGCCUCAAAACCUGCUCCUCUGCCUCGUCCGACCGGGAGGGGCCGGAAAUACGGAUCAAAUGUUCACCGUAUCAAGAAUAUGUUCAUGCAGAUGCAGUCUCCUGGUGAUGAAGAGGAGGGAGCCAAAAUGAUCGGUGGAGAUCAGGCGGUGAAACUGUCCCUACCGAGGGCAUCCAGCCUUAACGAGAACGUCGACCACAGUGCCCUGCUCAAACUUGGGGCCACGGUCUCAGAAAGGGUCAACCGUUUUGACCCUAAAGCAGGCGGAGAGGGUGGGGGCUUCUCCAAGCUCCAGGAGACCAGGAGGAUCUUCGAACAGCGGACGCUACAGGAGAAGCAAGCUGCCACCAACCGGAUCUUGCUGAAGAAGGAGCGGGCGUCGGGCUUCCAGGACAGCCGUCUAGAUGUCGUGGCUCGUUUUAAUGGCUCCACUGAGGCUUUGGACCGGUUGGACGACCCCCCUGCCCCUGCUCCUGCUUCUAUUCCCGCUCCUGCUCCUUUCCCUGCUGCCGCAGCUUCAGUCGGACCUGCUGACGCCGUCAGCCCCACCGUGAGCCAGCUCAGUGCCGUGUUCGAGAAGGGCGAACAGCCAAACAAUCUCUACCUCCCCCAGCGUCGGUCAGGCCCUGCCCUACCACCAAAGCCCAAACCUCCAGCUAGAGCGGAGGUUCCAGCAAGGAAGGGGAAGGUGCUCCCUGCAGGUAAGGAGGAGCGCAAAGAGGUGGCAGCAGGAGCUGUGAGCACGCAGGCAACAGAGCGACCAGAGGUGACAGGUUCUCUACAGAGGAGCGCAGGAGAAGUGACUGCCAGCGAGGAGAAGGAAGGACAGUCGGGAGAGCAGCUACCCAACUCCUCCAACUCCUCUUCGUCCUCAGUGACUGUCACAUCCUCCUCUUCCUCUUCGGAUGUCAAGCCAGAAUCGGAGGCCCAGUCAGCAGCGACUGAAGCCAGGGGCUCCAGUACGGUGGCUGCCCCAGAGAAAGAGCCGCAAGCAGAUGAACUUGACGGCUCCACCGGGGGAUCUGAGGCCGGAGCCAGGCUGGUGCAGGCCGAGGUUCACGCCUCACUGGAAAAUGGAGAAAAAGAGCCUCCAGAAUCCUCUCCAUCCUCUGAUGAGAGGGAAGCAGACUCUGAGAGGAGGGGCGAGGGCGAAGAGGAGGAGGAGGAGGAGAACGAUGAGGAUGGUUCCAGGAAGGAGGAUUACUCAGAGGGAGACCUGGUGGAUAUCAGUGCGUACAGUGGGCUUGGGGAGGAGGACUCUGGGGGCAGCCAGCUAGAUGAUGAGGAGGAUGAGGAAGAUGAGGAGGCGUACCAGCCGGAGACCAGCUGCACUGAGAUACCAGGCCUCCCUGAGGAAGAGGAGCCCGCACCACCCAGCAGGAAGAUUAGAUUCAGCACUGGGCCGAUUAAGGUCUUCACCACAUACUCUAACGAAGACUACGACCGACGUAAUGACGAUGUCGACCCCAUGGCGGCUUCGGCUGAGUACGAGCUGGAGAAACGAGUGGAGAAGCUGGACCUGUUUCCUGUGGAGCUGGAGAAAGACAGUGACGGCCUGGGUAUCAGUAUCAUAGGAAUGGGUGCAGGAGCUGAUAUGGGUCUGGAGAAACUGGGGAUCUUUGUGAAGACGGUCACCGAGGGAGGAGCUGCACAGAGAGACGGCAGGAUCCAGGUAAAUGAUCUGAUCGUGGAGGUUGAUGGGACCAGCCUGGUCGGCGUCACUCAGAGCCUUGCUGCCUCCGUCCUCCGCAACACCAGCGGCACCGUCAGGUUUGUGAUUGGUCGGGAGAAGCCGGGGGAGCAGAGUGAAGUGGCUCAGCUGAUCCAGCAGACUCUGGAGCAGGAGAGAUGGCAGAGAGAGAUGAUGGAGCAGAGAUACAAGCAGUACAUGGACGAUGAUGAAGAGACAGGUGAAUAUGCGACAGACGAGGAGGAGGAGAUGAGUCCCGUGUUUCCAAACUCCAUCGAGGUGUUCGACCUGGCCGAGAACCAGGACAUGUUGUCUCCUGUGGAGCUGGACCCCGAGAAGCUGGCCCAUAAAUUCAAGGAACUCCAGAUUAAACAUGCAGUAACCCAGGCAGAGAUCCAGCUGCUGAAGAGGAAGCUGGCUCACGCGGAGCAGGAUAAGUUGCGUUGGCGGAUGGAGCGUGCUCAGUUGGAGCAAAACAUCCGGGACAGUAAAGAGAGGAUGGAGAAGCUGGAGGGCUACUGGAUGGAGGCACAGUCGCUGUGUAAGGCGGUGGAUGAACACCUGAAGGAAACCCAGGCUCAGUACCAAACCCUAGAGAGGAAAUACAGCAAAGCCAAGAGACUGAUUAAAGAGUACCAGCAGAAGGAGAUUGAAUACCUGAAGAAGGAGACGGCUCAGCGUCGAGCACAGGAAGAGAGUGAGGCAACACACAAAGAGGAGGCGGACAACCUGCAGGAAAAGAUUACAGACUUGGAGACCAAAGUGGAUGCCCUGAAGACCCCCAAACCCUCCUAGACUGCUGCUACUUCCUCCCUCCUGUCUGUGACUGGAAGAGGAGGAGCUCUGCCUUCAUCCUGACCUGGGCUGUAUUUUAUUCCAAUCAACCAUUUACUGCACGGACAGGUAGUGGGUAAAAAAAACAAAAAAAAAACAACUGGGAUGGCAACUGUAAAAGAGAGGAGUAGGAGGGCGACAUUCAAAGAGGAAAGAAACAGCCUCUCAUCUGACAUCUGCCAGCAGCUUACAGCUCUGUCAGUCAAUAACCAAUCCCAGAAUGCUCCCUCUGUAAUACCCACAAUCCUCCUUGUGUGUCUUCCUGGCAACCGGCUUGGCAAUCAACACGGAAACCACAUUCAACAACCUGUGCUUUAUUUAUGGAUGAUCUGUGUUGGCUUCUCCUCUCUUCAGUAACAGUAUACUACCCGGAUUCAAAUUCAUUUUAAAGAAGCGCUUUUAUUGAACAGGCUCGUCACAAAGUGCUUUAUAGAGCGACAGAGGGCGUCAACACAGAAUAAAACCGAACAAGAAAGGACAUCGCUUGAUUGUUGUUAUACUACUUCUGAACCAGGUGGUUGCUGAACCUUUCCUUUUUUUGUUCGGGACCGGACUGGAUUCUUGUGAAGAGGACAAAUGUGUUUUCUGUCGCAAGGCAUUCGAAUCAAAAACUACAUGGAGAAAUGGCCACCGCAUUUUUAAAGACAAAACAAAAACUUUUGAAAGGAAAUAGCCACAACCUGCUGAUAGUUGCAUAAUAAAAAAACAACAAAACAAGAUGGCCGACAAAUUUCUGAUUUGGGACAAAAACUUUGACAUAGCAGAACGCCCACCCAAGCCUUUGGUUUCUCUUUUCUAGCCUAACUCUCUGCAAGCGAUGGAAGGAAUCAGGCAGAGGCGUGCUUUCAGGUCUGAACUGUGGUGGCAUACUGUUUGUAUAUAUUCAAUACAUGUAUUUAAAAGUGUUUAAAUGGCUUAAGCAAUUUAAGUGGGUCUGAUAUCCGAGAGUAAGGCAGUGCAAUGAGCGCAUGACUACGAAAUGGUUUAGUAGUCCAGAAUCAGUCUGUUUCAUCUCUUUUCUAUCGACAUCAAUGGCAAACAGGGUGUGAAUAGUCUAAUGUGUGCUUCUAAUGGUGUAUAUUUGUUGGUGUUUACUACAGUAUCUGUGGGUUUACAUGCACACCAACAUCCUGGUGUUCAGGAUAGUCAUGUAUUAAGUUCUUUAGUUGGUGCAGGGUUUGCAGAAAUCUACUCUUAUCAUUAAACAAAACUCAUGGGCGAGUUCACAGAAGGAUUGCGUGGCUUUUGCAGCAACUAAACCUGCAGAAAUAAGACAAAAAGAAACUCAAUGUAAUUGUCAAUGCACCCACCAAGGGCCGGAUGCACCCGCAAAGGCACCUGCAAAGGGCCAGAUGCACCUGCAAAGGGUCAUAUGCACCCGCAAAGGCACCCGCAAAGGGUCUAAUGCACCCGCAAAGGUACCUGCAAAGGGCCAGAUGCACCGGCUAAGGCACCCGCAAAGGGCCAGAUGCACCGGCUAAGGCACCCGCAAAGGGUCAUAUGCACCUACAAAGGGCCAGAUGCACCGGUGAAGGCACCUGCAAAGGGCCAGAUGCACCUACAAAGGGCCAGAUGUACCGGCUAAGGCACCUGCAAAGGGUCAUAUGCACCUGCAAAGGGCCAGAUGCACCGGCGAAGGCACCCGCAAAGGGCCAGAUGCACCGGCUAAGGCACCCACAAAGGGUCAUAUGCACCCGCAAAGGGUCAUAUGCACCCGCAAAGGGCCAGAUGCACCUGCAAAGGCACCUGCAAAGGACCAUAUGCACCCGCAAAGGGUCAUAUGCACCUGCAAAGGCACUCGCAAAGGGUCAUAUGCACCUGCAAAGGGCCAGAUGCACCGGCGAAGGCACCUGCAAAGGCACUCGCCAAGGGUCAUAUGCCCCCGCUAAGGCACCCGCAAAGGGCCAGAUGCACCUGCAAAGGGCCAGAUGCACCUGCAAAGGGCCAUAUGCACCCACAAAGGCCACAUGUUGAAAUUAGGUAUCAUACAUACAUUUGGAGAAAAACUGUCUCUCUCCUCUGCAGAUGAGCCUAAUCGCAAAAACAGUCUAAUUCACAAAGAUCAGUGCAGCCGUUACAGUGGAAUUAUUAGAGUCUUCAGAGAGUUGGAGGUAAAUCCCAAACAUGGUUUCUCUUUGUCACAUUUAAAUUUCUGUGAACUUUUGAGGAACUCCUCUGCACCUCGUCGGUCAGGACCCAUAACUCAGCGUCUGACAAUGUGACUAUUCUUUUUCUCUCUGCCAUCGCUCGCCCUGCUGUUACUGGCUCAAAGGCAACAUUUGUACUUUUGAUUUAAACAUCAAAUUGCAGUCAGCUGCAAAACUUUACAGACGUGUUUGCACUGUAAAGUGUUUAUCACAAUAUCUGUGAAUCGGACCUUGAGGGGCAGAUAGCGGUUUCAAAUGAUGCGCAAUUCACAGUAAAAACAGCAGCCGCAGUUCCUUCUUUGUGAAUUUGCCCGUGAAUAUGUGAGUUUGAAUACACUGGUAUUCUGAGGAUUUUUGUGCACAACGUCCACCUGCACUCACUGCACAGUUUCAUGAGCCCAGGCUGCAUGGGAAACUGGAGGUGCACCAUAAAGUGUCAGUUGUUCAAACAUUUCCUGGAGGCAAAACUGCUCUACAAAUAAUGUCAUUAGUCGAGGUAAACACAUGUGAGUGUAACUAAAGUGCCAAAAAUUAUUGAAUGUUACUGGAUAGUUGAAGCAGCUGUUGGAGAAUUGUCUUUUUUUAACAUAUAUACAUCAGUAUUUCUAUUAAGGAUGCUUAAUAUUGAUUAUUAAAGAACAAUGACACAAAUAUGUACUAAACAUUUUACAGUAGAAAAAUAAAUCUGUCAGUGUUCUCUGGUGGACAAACCAUUUUACAGUACUACUGUAUCCAAAUUACCUCAAACAUAUCUUGGGAAUUUAUAAAUCAUUUCCUCUUACGAGUUAAAAUAGAUCAAUAAUGUAGGCUGCUAUGGAAGCCAAGAAAUGCCAAAAUUAAUACAUUUAUUUUAUAAGUAACUGAUGUCCUAAUUGUAAAAUGCAACUGCUGAAUACUUAAUGUUAAAAUUUACACUUAAUGUGUAGCACUGAUUUUUUAAUUUUUUUUAUUUUAAAUCUAUCUGUCUGACUUUAUAUGGUUUUAAUUCCCUUUUUUCCAUUGAUAUAAAUAAAUAAAUAAAUAAAAAUAAUGAUAAUAAUAAUAACAUAUCUAUAACAUAGUCAGUUUAUCAGUCAUAGCUAGUUGUCUAAGUUAGCUAGUCUCUGAAUUUUUUAAGUCCUGUAACACAUAUGCUAACAUAUCCUACUGACUGCGUAAAGGCGUAAAAUACAGUAUUCAUGACGUUGUUGCCAAUCAUAUUUUUAUUGAUAUUCCAAUCAGUAUUCGUAUUUUCCAACCAGCUGAUGAGUCCUUGCUAACAUGCUAACACAUCGGGUUAGUUUUUCCUCUAAGAAAUGUUUGUUAAACUCCACGUGGAUAUGAGCGACAGUGUUAUUCAGAGAACUGUGUGCAUGUAAACACACUCCACAUCUCUUGUGUUAGGAGACGAGUAGAAGGUCCCAGUGUCAGUGUUAUGACUGUAGGAAAUGAACUUAAGUGAUACAUGCCUGAUGUAGUCUGAAUAUGGGUAGGUGUUGCUGUUGUUAAAGGUCAGAUGUUCUUUUCGGGAAUCUAAGAAGCUACGGAGGUUCAGGUUCAGCGGCAUACAUUUUUUGUUUUUGGACAGACGAAUUCGGAGAAGUUGCAAACACUUGAGGCGACGUCAGAGAUGGUAAUGCUUGUCAAGAAAAUGCUCUUUGGGUCAGAUGCUGAAAAUAUUCUCCACCAGAGACGGGAAUUUGAGUCACUUUCAAAUCGGCAAAUGCAGAAUCGUCUUUAUUUGACAUCUGCCCAUACUACACAGUUUCUGUUUAUAUGAUAUGAAUAUAUAUUUAACAUUUCUGAUUUUAUUAUCCAGUAGUGGCUGUUUGACGUUCCAAAUAUGAGGUUCAUAUUUGCAUGUGGGCGGCAAAAUGGUGCUGAGUGAGACAGCGUUCACACUCAAGUAACUUAUACAAAGUUUAAACGGGCAAAUAGUGUUUUGCUGCUUUCAUGUCACUGUCACAUUCACUGUGGUGAUUAUUAUCAGUUGGUGUAUGUUUUUAUCAAGAUAAUCCAGCUUGCUGGCGAGCUCUGAUUAUUACAAACAGCCGACAGUGUGAUUAGGAUACUUAUCAGUGAUCAAUGCAACUUUUUACAAACAUCGAUGGUUCACAGAGAGUCCGAGGAUGAAUUGUGAUUUAACGUCAGUGAUCCUGUGUGUGUCCCUCCAGCACCAUCUACUGGUGAAACUUUUAGUUUGUCGGAUACUUUGUUUACAAGCAAAUCAUCUCAUCGGCCUCAGCUGUACCAGCCCCUCCUCUCAUCUCUCAGUUUGUACAUCCUCAGUUCCUUUCCUCGCCUCGAGGAAGAGACGUGAGGAGAGAGGAGUCGAAGUAUUUAACAGAAGGGAUUUAACAGAAUGUGACAAGCGUGCUCCUAGACUGCCAUUUACGUUUCACACCUUCUUUAUUCAUCACAGGUGGCGAAAAGAUUUCCACAAAGGAUACACCUGUGCAUCCUUGCUCAUAUCUUGUACAUCCUUGAUACCUUUCCUCGCCUCCUCUCCUCCCAUCUGAGAUGCAAGCAGAGGAGGCAAGGAAGAGAUGUGAGGAGAGAUGAGUCGAGGCAACAGGGGUUUAACGAAAGGUGACAUGCGUGGUCCAGGACCGUUAUUUAAAAGCACCGUCAAUUAAUAUGAUGUGUGUCACGCCUCCUUAAUUCAUCACAGGUGGCAAAAAGACUUCCACAAAGGAUACACCUGUGCAUCCUUGCUCAUAGCUCCUCCGGCAAGCCUCCUCUCUCCUUUAGAUGCUUUUCGGGAAUUAUCCUUCACGAUGGGGGCUGAUAUCGAUUUCCAGGUCACAGGCAGAAGGACAGAGGAGACAAGGAGGCAGAGCACAGUGUAUUAAGUGCUAUUUAGCAAAUGUUAGCAUGCUAACACGCUAAUCUACGAUGUUGAACAUUGUGCCUGCUAAACAUCAGCAUGUUAAUACCAUCACUGUGAGCUUGUUAGCAUGCUAACGUUAGCACUGAACUGAAAGCAUCACCUUGAUAGAGCCACUAGUGUUGCUGUAGACUCGUAUUAAUAGUAUAAAAUAUUAAAAGAAUACUUUGUUUGUGUGUCAUCUUGCAAACACAGAGAAAAUUCCACAAAAGCAGCUCUGCUUCGUGAAAAUUCAGAUCUUGUGUUGCACGUCCAAGCUGUCAUGGCACAUCGACGUCCUUUGUCUCUUCUUGAAACACUUUUCCUUGACCUCGAUAGAAGACGUCAAGAGGUGAAGGAGAAUUAAAAGGACCUACGAAAAGGACCACAGUGCGAAGAGAAUCUGACUGCACUUACAACAGGGACACUUUAAAUGCUGCCGCAGCAAAGAAUCAUGGGACGGCAUUACUUCCUUUCCUUUGGGUAAAGGAUGGUCCAGUGUACCCUAUGCUAAAGGAGAUAACAAAGGAAGCAUCGAGGCACCUUUCCUUUGCACUUAGAGAUUUCACACAGCUCUUCUCAUGGCUGCUUCCUGUGGCGCCCUCCACACUAAUGUGCGUGGAUAAUAGUGUGGGUGUGGCCUUAGAUACUUAGAUUCAGGGUCAUUUCACCCAGUUAGGAACCUUCCCACAGCCGGGCUCAGACUACAGCAGUGUGGGGCUCCGACAAACAAAGGAGGACUCUGGUCACAGGUUACAGAAAACAAAUGAUUGAUUAUGAAUUUAUCACGUCAGUACGGAGCAGCUGACAGUGUCGCCAAGCAACAGUAAACAUUCUAGCCCUUGUGGCUAACGUUAGCUAGCACACUGCUAUUGAAAGCUAUUAAAAGUGACAGUUAAAAUCUUAGCUUCAACCUGGGUCAACUAUUUUCCUCACCCCGACUCGUUUAGUCUUCUGCUUCUCACUGUAAAGCCCUUACAGCAAGUUUUUGCACCACGUCAGCAUGUAGCUGUGUCUCAAUUCAGGGGCUGCAGCCUUUGAAGGACGCGGCCUUGGUGGUUGACGUUGGCCACGUCCUUUGAAGACCACAUCAGCCAAACCAAAAGGUUUCCAAAAUAGGACGGUCUGGUCUGAGGAGGAUUACCUGGUUACAUCACAAGGUGAUCUCGCCCCGACCCGUUGGAGUUACUCUUACCGACCAACUAGCUGCGCUUGAGUAAGGAGUAAGCUAGUAAGUUCGUUAGCCCAAAAUCAUGGACCCAGAGAUUGUUAUUAUAUUUAAAUAUAUUUUUAUUUAAUACUUGAGGAGGUGAUUCACCUUUGGACACACUGCUGUUUGAUAUAUUUCAUGCUGAUGGGCUGUUCUCAGGUAAACCAGCUAAUAGUAAUAUUAACAACAGUUAACCGUUAGCUAACCUAAUAUAUAAUUAUCACAGUGCAUCUUGGGAUAGGCUGGGCCACGAAGGAUUCAUCUGUUGCAUCCUCCAAAUUAUGGUAAAGAAGGCUACAUUUCUCAGCCGCAUUUGAAGGAGCCUUCAAAAUUGGACGGCCUUGGUCGCGCCAAUGUGACGCAAUCGGUCUUCAAUGCAGCCUCGAAGGCUGCGACCCCUGAACUGAGACACAGCUUCUGUUUUGUUGACAUCAGCUUCUCCAUGAGAUGACAGGAGGUGGUGCAUUCAUGCUCCCUCUGGCAAGAUAACCUUGAUAGCAUCCUGUCGUCUGAGCCCAGCCAAAGCAACAAAGACAAUUUGACCACAGCCACAGAGACCAGCUUCCUCUGGUUUUGUGUCGUACAGGCACGCCUUUAAAAUAAGGUAUUUUCUCUUAUGUCAACCAAUCUGUCCCUGUAUGCGAGCGUCUGAAUCUGUACCAGCUCCCGACCUUCACCUUUGACCGACAGGAAGUCAUGAGUGUUAUAUUUUCGAAGCUUGUGUAUCGCUCAACUCAAGAAUUGUUGGGGAAUAGACGUCAUAAGUAUGUUUGAGUUCGGCAACAGACUCACAGUUUACGGUGGUUUUCAUGUAAGAUUGAAUCAUUUUUAAAGACACCAAGUAUUUGUUCAGAACAUGCAGUAUAUUUACAUUGUCGUCCUGUCGGACAGGAACAAGACUCUCUGAAAGCUUUUUUUGUUUGUUUUUUUAGAGGAAUGAAAAUCAGCCAUAAGCGACUCACUUGGGUAUUUUUAUUUCGUAAGUAUUUUUAUUACAGUUUCAUCUCUGUGUCGGACCAAUGUGAGCUGUACAGUUGCUGUUUAAUCACCAAAUCCAGUCCUGGUCACUUUGGGUUGUUUCAUGUCUCGACACAGGAAGUGAUCACUUUGCCUUGUUAUGACUUUUUCUUGGUUAACAUGCUGCUUUUGCCUUCACGAAGCCUUCUGACGUGUGCUCGCUGACUAUCACUGUUGUUACCCAUCAUGUCUGCCCAUGCCUGCAUUAAAGAAACAGAACAAGUGUUUAAAGAGUGUUUGCCCGUGAAUACAGUGACGAGAGGCUGCCAUGUUGGAGGACUGACAGAUUGUAGCACCGCAGCAUUUAACUGUUGUUACAGAUUGUAGACAGAUUGUCUUUCUCCCAGUGGUUCGUCUUUACUGCUCAUAUUUUAAAGGUCCAGUGUGUCGGAUUCAGGAGGACGUAUCAGCAAAUACGGAACAUAAUAUUCUUAAUUAUGUUUUCAAUAGUGUACAAUCAGCUGGGAAAAAAAUGUGGUUUUGUUACCUUAGAACAAGCUGUUUAUAUCUACAUAUGGAGCGGUUCCUCAUCCACGGAGUCUGCCAUAUUGUUUCUACAGGAACAGACAAAUUAAACACUGGCUCUAGAUAGGGCCCUUCAGGUUUCUGUGUCUGCCACUGUCGUUCUCCUGCGCACUUAGCACGCCCAGUUCAGACCAAAGAUUUGCAACAAGAUGAAACCGUUUUAGGACGUUGCAGAGAGAAGUUGCAGCAGUGUGAACUGGCCAUCUGAGCUCGACUCAAACCGGCUGAUGGUCCAUCCAUCCAUUUUCAACCACUUAUCCGAAGCUAGGUCGUGGCAGCAGCAGGCCUAGCAAAGCAUUCCAGACGUCUCUCUCCAAAGCAAGGCUUUCCAGCUCCUCCUGGAGGACCUCGAGGCGUUCCAAGACCAGAUGAGAUAUGUAAUCCCUCCAGCGUGUUCUGGGUCUCAGAGGAAACUCAUUUCAGCCACUUGUAUCCAUGAUCUCAUUCUUUCGGUCACUACCCAGAGCUCAUGACCAUAGGUGAGGGUUGGGACAGAGAUGGACGAGUAAAUUGAAAGCUUUGCCUUCUGGCUCAGCUCCCUCUCUCCCACGACAGUCAGGUACAGCCCCUGCAUCACUGCAGACGCUGUACCAAACUGCCGAUCCAUCUCACACUCUUUUCUACCUUCACUUGUGAACAAGACCCUGAGAUACUUGAAACGUAAUACAGCAAGUAGUCGCUUGUUUCAACUCAUCUCGUCAUGAAUUUUUGGUCUGAACUGGGCAGCAUGCAGGAGAAGUUUCAGUUCUGCAACCUCACCGCUAAAUACCGCUAAAGUCCUUCACACUGGACCUUUAAAUAGUGACCAAACUACUUCCUCCUGCUUCACAUUUUGCCCCCGGCGGUCUCUGAGCGGCUGCUGGAAAUCAGAGGGUUUAGUGCCUUGCUUUAAAGGUUCAGGAUAAUCAUAGCUGAGAGUGAGAGGAUGUUUGUCAGACCUCACAGUGCAUUUUGGUAACACUGAAUGUAAACAGAGUUUGUGAACAGACCAUUGUACUUUCUUGUAAGUCUCCUUGACAACUGGCAGAUUCUGUCCUGUAACCAUGGUAACCAGUCUUUAAACACUUCACAGCCAGAGCAGACAGAAGUAGAGGAACAGAUACCUGAUAAUGUAAGCUUGUGUUGACUCUUGUUUUCACCUGGUAUUAACGUGUGUUUUAGUGACCCGAACACAAGUGGACAGUUGAGACACAUCGCCGUUCACACCUGUGUCGAUCAUGCGUCUCCAGCUGACCGCUUGUUUCCUAGGGAUGACCAGGGCCCCGCCUCCAACACUGAAUCCACAUACGUCCACGAUCAGGACACACUGGCGUUUGCACUACAAAAGAUAUGUGGUCAAAUGAGUUCAAGACCACCUCCUCACAUGUGCUGUCUACUUGUGAUUGGAUAACCUGAGACGUAUGUUAAAACCAGGUGUAAACAGGCUCAUAAUGUGUUGUGAUGCAAUGUUUAAGAAACUUGAGGGGGAAAAAAAAAAACUGGAAAAGGUUUAAAAGUGGAAACAAAAGCUCCACAGGAAACUUGUUUGCAUUUUCCAUCUGCUUUUGCUUAACUUUCACGGCAUUUUGGAGCAGUUUCAGUCCUUUUUAAUAAUAUUAACCCUUAGCUUCUUUACUGAUAUCGUUAGAGAGAGGUGUCAUGUGUUGUGCUAGAUGAACGAGCAUGGACGGAGCGGUGCCAAACAGUGUGAGCGGGACAAUCUGACGGUGUGUACGCUGAUCUUUGAGUGCGUCUCUGGUCUGAAACAGAUUUCCUUCUCUGCCUGGUUCUGUUCUUCAGUUGACGCCACCAUGUUUGUCUGAACCAGUACCUGUCUGUCAGCAUUAAUUAAUAAACAUAAAAUACGUUGAACAAGAAACAAA